GUUUAGAGAGCCUAUAAAGCGAGCCUGGCAAAUGAUCCUGUAGUGCACCAGAAAGGUUUACCAGGAUAGCACCGCUACAUAACUCUGGCUGCUGUGUUAACUAGAUAUAACUAAGUGCGCGGUAACUUCCAUCACUUGCUCUUGUACACUGGUAUAAAGACCACAGGACCAUGCCGGCCUACGCAGAAACUCUCACAGAGACCAAACCUGAAGACCCAGCCAUGAUCACACCUCUCAACGAUGACAUCAAGAGAUCUAGUGGAGCUCGUGGCCGGGAGGGUGUGGUAAUUAGUGGCAUGUCCGGCCGCUUCCCAGAGAGCAAUAACAUUGAGGAGUUUGCCAAUAACCUCUUCUCUGGGGUGGAUAUGGUCACUGAGGAUGGUCGCCGCUGGGUGCCAGGUAUCCACAAUCUUCCUAAACGCUCUGGCAAGCUGCCUGAUCUCACCCACUUUGACAGUGCUUUCUUCAGUGUGUCUCCACGUCAGGCUCAUGCCAUGGAUCCCCAGCUACGCCUUCUGCUGGAGCUCACCUAUGAGGCCAUUGUAGAUGCUGGCAUGAACCCAAGUGAGCUGCGAGGGCGUCGUGUGGGCGUAUAUGUGGGUGUGAGUAGCAGUGAGAGCGAGGAGGCAUGGACAGCUGACCCAGCUGUUUCUGGCUAUGCUCUUACUGGCUGUUGCCGUGCCAUGUUUCCCAACAGAUUAUCCUAUACUUUUGACUUCAAAGGUCCCAGCUUCGCAAUAGACACAGCUUGCUCUUCCUCGAUGGUGGCUCUUCAGACAGCAUGGUUGGCAUUAAGUGAUGGGGAAAUUGAGGCAGCAGUGGUGGGAGGUACUAACCUUACACUCAAGCCCCAGAACUCUAUGCAAUUCAAUGCUCUCAAUAUGCUUGCAUCUGAUGGCAAGUGCAAGUCUUUUGAUGCCUCUGGUGAUGGGUAUGUGAGGAGUGAGGCAGCUGCUGUGAUUUUCCUCCAGCGUGCAUCUGAAGCUCGCAGAGUGUAUGCCCAUGUUGUCCAUGCUCGGGCAAACACUGAUGGGCACAAGGGUGAAGGGGUUACUUUCCCUUCAGGAAAAGUACAAAGAGACCUAAUGCAGGAUUUGUACAGCCAUGCUGGCAUCUCUCCCCUGGAUGUAACAUACAUUGAAGCCCAUGGAACAGGCACCAAGGCAGGUGACCCUCAGGAGGUAGGGGCCCUAGCAGAGGUGUUCUGCCCUGGUCGCUCAACACCACUCCUGAUGGGCUCAGUUAAAUCCAAUAUGGGCCAUUCAGAACCUGCAUCUGGCCUCUGCUCCAUAGUCAAGGUACUACUGGCAAUGCAGCGGAAAGAGCUACCUGGAAAUCUGCACUUCUCUUCUCCCAAUCCCAACAUCCCACCACUGUUGGAUGGCAGGAUCAAGGUGGUGAGCAAGAACACACCUUGGUCUGGUGGCUAUGCUGCAGUAAACAGCUUUGGCUUUGGUGGUGCCAAUGUCCAUGUCUUGUUGCGUUCCCCUGAGGACUUUGUAAAGCCUGCUUCUCCAUCUCACUCCAGGGGUAUCCUCAUACCCUCCACUCAGAGAAUAAACCCAGCAUCCUCUUCGUCAAGUGGUAUGUCUGAAGAAUGUAACUUUAAUAUGAAUGCAACUGAGAAACUCAACCAGGAGGACAGUACUUUUUCAAAGCAGCCCAGGUUGGUGGUGGCUUCCGGUCGUACAGAGGAGGCAGUGACCACACUUCUGGAGGGAAUUAAAAAUAUGGCUACCCCAGCACUAUGUGGCCUUCUUGAUAAACUGUCUGAUAUGCCCACCAAUAGCCAUCCAACUCGUGGAUAUGUGGUUAUUAAUUCAGAAAAAGAAGUCUUGCAGGUGUCAGAUGUCUCGCCCACUCCAAGACCCCUGUGGCUGGUCUUCUCUGGGAUGGGUUCCCAGUGGAGUGGCUGUGGCCGUGCACUCUUUUGCCUCCCCGUAUUUGCUGCUUCAAUCAGGCGGUGUCAUGCUGCCCUCCUGCCACUUGGACUUGACCUUACACAAAUUCUGACUAGUGAAGACCCUUCUGUAAUGUCAUCGACAGCAGCUAGCUUCUCAGCCAUUGCUGCCAUGCAGGUGGGCCUUGUGGACCUGCUAAAGCAUGUUGGGGUGCCGGAGGUAGCUGGGGUAGUGGGACACAGUGUCGGGGAAUUGGGAUGUGCCUACGCUGAUGGAGCUCUAGCAGCUGAACAAACGGUGUUAGCAGCUUAUUGGCGAGGCAGGGCUGUUCAGGAGGCCACCUUACCCCCAGGUGCCAUGGCUGCUGUUGGUCUGAGUGCAGAAGCAGCAGAGAAGUGGUGCAAGGAUGGUGUAGUGGUGGCUUGCCAUAAUGCCCAUGAUUCUGUCACUCUGUCGGGUCCAAAAGAAGCCAUCGAAGAAGUGCUGGAGAAGCUCACAGCUGAAGGAAUAUUCUGUCGUGCAGUAAAGUCAGAGGGUGUGGCCUUCCACCAUCCGUCCCUCAAAGCUGCUGCCCCAUGCCUCCUUCAAGAACUAAGCAAGGUGAUUCUGUGUGCCCGGCAGCGGUCCUCAAGGUGGAUUAGUUCUUCAGUGCCUGAAACUCGCUGGAGUGAGCCAGGAGUUAACUUUGCUUCACCAGAGUACCUUGUCAACAACCUUCUCUCUCCAGUGCUGUUUGCCGAAGCACUAGAAAAAAUCCCUGCUGAUGCUGUGGUAGUGGAAGUGUCCCCUCAUGGCCUGCUACAAGCCAUUCUGAGGAGGUCAAUGCCACAGGCUGUGCCUAUCCCACUUAUCAGGAAAGAUGCAAAGUGCCCUCUAACACACUUCUUGGAGGCUCUGGGGAAGAUGUACAUGUGUGGUGUGAGCAUGGAUGUGAGCACACUGUACCCUCCGCUUCCCAUGCCUGUCCCUCACUCCACCCCCUCUAUUGCCAGCCUUAUCAGGUGGGACCAUAGUCAGGAGUGGGAUGUGGCUCGUUUUAGCACCUCUCCAGCUGGCUCAGAGUAUGAGGUGAAGGUGGACUUGGAGUCUGAGGAGCACCAUUACCUGGAAGGCCACACAAUUGAUGGACGUAUCAUUUUCCCUGCUACAGGCUACCUGGUGCUGGCUUGGCAAGCAUUGUGCCGCCUGAAGGGUACACAGUGGAAUGAGACACCAGUCACCUUCAGCAAUGUAACACUCCAUCAAGCCACUGUCCUCUCUUCCUCUACCAACACCCCUGCUGCAGCCACCACCCUAGUUGUCAGAAUCUUGCUGGUCAAAGGAGAAUUUGAGGUAGUUGUAGGUGAUUCAGUGGCAGUCUCAGGUUGUAUUCACCUAGGAGCAGACCACACUGGUGAAAGCAAGCAUUUGCUUGAUAUCCUUGCUUCAGCAGCUGAAGGAAAUGGAGAGAUUCUUUUACAGAAAGAUGUGUACAAAGAACUUCGUCUCAGAGGCUAUCAUUAUGGAGGCCUUUUCCAGGGCAUUGCUGAAACAGACCUAAAAGGUACCCAUGGAAAACUUAUGUGGAAAGAGAACUGGGUGGCAUUCCUUGACACGAUGCUCCAGUUUUCUCUGCUUGGGGUCAAACAACGUGCUCUGAUGCUUCCCACCAGAAUACGCAAAAUUUCUGUAAACCCCAGCAAACUCCUUGACCAUAUGAAGCAGGAACCUGACCCAAAGACAGUGAUGGUACAACAAAACUCUCAUGUUGGAGUAAUAGCUUGCGAGGGUGUGGUCAUUCAGGGACUGAAGGCCACAUUGGCUCCAAGAAGACCUAUUCAGGACCGACCUCUGCUCGAGACUUAUCAGUUCGUUCCACUCCAUCUGACAGAUCAUCAUCAGAUCUCAUCUCGUAUGACAGCAGAGACAAGUCUAGGAGUUCUCGUGGAUAUAGCCAUAGAGAACUCAUUAGGUCUAGGGUUGAAAGUUGUAGAGAGCAUUUCUCAAACCAUAACCAGUACUGUCCUGGAAACUUCUGUGGCACUUACUCUUACAAAUCUCCUCAUCUUAAAACCACAGCUUAAGGUUGACUACAUCCUACACACAGCGGAUAAAUUAUCAGGUGAAGAGGAGCAGCAGCUUGGUUCUGCAGGAGUAGUAGUGAAGGCUGACCUUGCUUCUAGCUUGUCUCCACCCCCACAUCUCCUCAUCCUCCAUCAAUGUCAAGAUAAAGAAAUAGUUGACAAGCUGAGUUAUGGCUCCUUCAUCAUGACAAACAACGAAGAUAUGGGAGAAAUUCUAAAAGAAGCUGGGUGCUAUGAGAUUGCUUCGGUUCAGAAGAUUGGCAUGAAGCUGUUCAGAAAAAGACAGGUUGAGGGUCCUCAUACAACACUGGAGGUCUGUGGCACUGAUACUGACUUCUCAUGGGUGGAAAUGUUGAAGGAGAAGACACUGGCCCCAACGAAGGAAAAUUUAUGGCUUGUAUCUUCAGGUGAUGCCUCUUCAGGAAUCCUGGGACUUUUAAAUUGCCUCAGGAAAGAACCAGGAGGAGAGAAAAUAAGGUGUCUUUUUGUUCCUGAAGGAAAGGCAGUAAUAAGCUCCACUUUGCUUGCUCAUGACUUGGCUGUCAAUGUCUGUUUCGAUGGUGUCUGGGGUACUUAUAGACACCUGUCUCUGGGACAGCUGGCCCCUCAGCCCUCCAAACACGCUCUACUGAAUGUGGCUACUCGUGGUGACCUAGCCUCCCUCACCUGGUUCCAGAUGGGCUCUCUACAUUCUUAUGACAAAGCUGAUGAUGGCUUGAGAUUGUGUGAAGUUUACUAUGCCCCACUAAACUUCCGUGAUGUGAUGCUGGCCACAGGAAAAUUACCACCUGAUGCUCUUCCAGGAGAUCUGGCUACGAAGGAAUGCAUCUUGGGCUUAGAGUUUUCUGGUGUGAGUGAGGGAAAGCGUGUUAUGGGUCUGGUUGCUGCAGGUGGGUUGGCCACCAAUGUGAGGGCUGACCCCUUACUUACAUGGUCUGUUCCUGCCUCCUGGUCUCUUAAGGAUGCUGCUACUGUUCCUGUAGUAUACGCCACAGCAUACUAUGCAUUGGUGGUACGUGGUGGGCUACGACAAGGGGAGAGUGUACUCAUCCAUGCUGGGUCUGGCGGAGUGGGGCAGGCAGCUAUUAGCAUUGCUCUAGCCCAUUCCUGCACAGUCUACACCACAAUCAGCACCACACAGAAGAAGGAAUUCCUGCAAAAACGCUUCCCUCAGCUUAAAGAUGAAAACUUUGCUAAUUCACGUGAUGUGAGCUUUGAGUAUGCAGUAUUGGAACGAACUGGUGGCCGUGGUGUGGAUAUCGUACUGAACUCUUUGGCUGGGGAUCUGCUCCAGGCCUCAGUCAGAUGCCUUAAGGAGCAUGGUCGCUUCCUUGAGAUAGGCAAAGCUGAUCUCUCCAACAACACAGCAUUGGGCAUGGCAAUCUUUCUGAAGAAUGUGACUUUUCAUGGCAUCUUGCUAGAUGCACUAUUUGAUGCCUCCCCUGAAGAGCGACAGCGUCUCAAUCAGUUGGUAGUGAAAGGCUUGAAAACAAAAGUUGUGACACCUCUGCCUUCCACACUCUUCACCAGGGACUGUGCUGAGGAUGCCUUCAGGUACAUGGCGACUGGGAAACACAUUGGUAAGGUUUUGCUGGAGGUGAAGCCAGAAGUAACUGGCGAAUCUUCCAUCUUAACUGACACAAACUCUGUGCUGGCAGUGCCCAGAGUGAUUGCCCAGGCUCACAUGGUGUAUGUAAUCACAGGCGGGUUGGGUGGACUGGGAUUAGAACUGGCUGGCUGGCUCAUCAGUCGUGGGGCCAAGAAGCUGGUGCUCACAUCUCGACGGGGUAUCACUACUGGUUAUCAGGCACUGUGUAUGCGGCGGUGGCUGAACUCUGGAGUGAGUGUGCGAGUAAUGACCCAGGAUGCCUCCACCCAUGCUGGAGCCACCAUACUACUGAAGAUGGCUGCUGAAGAGGGGCCUGUUGGUGGCAUCUUUCAUCUUGCUGUGGUACUGCAAGAUGCCCUACUGGAGAACCAGACGGCAGAGAUGUUCCAUGCUGUGAAUGCUGUUAAGGGUGAAGGAGCCCAGGCCCUUGAUGCUGCUUCCCGUACUCUGUGCCCUCACCUGCACAUCUGGGUGGCUUUUUCCAGUGUUACCUGUGGCAGGGGCAAUGCUGGUCAGACCAACUAUGGGUGGGCUAACAGUGUGUGCGAGAGAGUGGUGGAGCAGCGGGUGCAAGCUGGCCUUCCUGGGGUUGCUGUGCAGUGGGGUGGCAUUGGAGAGGUUGGCAUUCUCGCGAGCACCCUGGGUGAUGUGGAGGUUGGCGGGACAAAACCACAACCAGUACGUUCAGUGUUGGAGUGCUUGGAUGUGUUGUUCCUGAAUUCCUCUCCCAUAGUGUCCUCACUUUGUCCUCUCACCAAGAGCUCUGCCAAGACCGAUGCUAGUGGCAGCACAUCCCUCGUCAAAGCUGUUGCCAACAUCUUGGGGAUGAAGAAUGUUUCUAAGGCUCCCCUGGAUGUGACACUUGGAGACCUGGGCCUCGACAGUCUUAUGAGUGUGGAGGUGAAGCAGACACUAGAAAGAGAAGCUGACCUGGUCCUCACUGCACCUCAAGUCAGGGACCUCACGCUGCGGAUGCUUCAAGACAUGGACAAGCAAGCUGGCACAUCUGGACAGACAACAGCUGAUGGACCAGAUGUUUCAUCAGCCAAGAGUGCAGUUAAACCUAAGUUAGAAGAACUACAGGUGUUGCCUCAGCCAUGGCUUAUGCUGCCUUUAGUGGCGGAGAGCAGAGUGACAGUGCUGCGAGAGACUGGUAGCUCCCAUGUACCUCUGUUUCUAGCAGCUCCCAUACAAGGUACAGCUGUACCCCUCACUGAAGUUGCACAAGGGCUCGACCAACCAGUGUAUGGCUUGCAGUAUCCACCUGAUGUUUCCCAUCAGUCAAUUACAGACAUGGCAAAAGUGUUGGUACAGGAAUUGCAACAGUUGCAUCCUUCAGGAGAUUUUGCCAUUGGAGGCUAUUCCUUUGGUACUGCAGUAGCCCUUGAAAUGACUCGUCUUCUGGAAGCAGAGAAUCGCGUCCCAAUUUCAAUUGUUCUACUGGAUGGUUCUCAGUCUUACGUGUCUGGCAUUAUUAAAGGUUACAAAUCGAGACAUGUUUCCAGUGCUCCUGAUCAGGAGUCAAGCAGAGCAAACAAUGAAAUCCAAGACCAAGUAGAGAUGUUGAUUGUGUUUGCUAUGCAGUUCACGUCAGUGGACCCUACCACAUUAAAGAAGGCACUGCUGGGCUUGAAGUCCUGGGAUGAGCGGGUGAACCAGGUAGCUGAGUUGAUAACCCAAAAGAGAGCAGAGGCAGAUGUUGCUUUGCAUCAGAAUGAUCAACAGCAGGCAGUGAAGGCAGCAGAGUUGCUGUACAAGCGCUUGCUAGCUGGAAAUAAACACAAGGCAGACGGUUGUUUGACUCCUCCUACACUCCUGGUGCGUGCCAGAGACAACCUUCAGGCUGCUGCCCUUGGGCAUGACUAUGGCCUAGGCAAGAUCAUCGGUGGAACUCUGAAGAUCGAAGAAAUUGCUGGAACCCACGAGAGUUUUAUUUUGGGGAGCAGUGGUCGGCAGGUGGCCAGUCUCGUGCAAACUUUCCUACAAGAAGCGUCUUCUAUCACCCCACAUGAAGCUGAACACUAGUGAUAAGCUGUGGCUGUGUUCUGGUAAAUGUAAAAUUACCAGGAGUGAUCUGUGAUAUAAAUUUAGGCGAGUGGUAACGAAAUAAAAAAGGGGUAAAUGUAGGGCCAGAGAAGGAUAUUAUUCUGAUGUCUUUGGUUGUAAUGAAUACUUGAAGCUUUAGUAGGAUCUUUAAUAGAUAUUUUUGAACUGAUAAACAAUUCUCUAGUAUUAAAAUAAAUUGUUUAUUGCAAGCAAAGAUGAAAUAUAGCUUUAAUAGUUUCAGAAGUCUGCUUUGUGUCUUGUUUAUAUAUAUGUCUUUAUAUUCAUAGACAUCUCUUGUCAGAGAUUCGAAUAAAAUUGUUGUUGUUGUUUAUUUGAUAUACCUCAAACCUUAACCUGCAGUUUUAACUGAAGUUGAUUUAUCCCUGUAUAGUAUGUCUAUAUAUACUUGUAACUGUCCUAUGUUCCAAGCAUAGGAACUCAAAUGAAAAAUAUACUGAGUAUAUUCUUCACAAGAGGGUAGUUUGAGUAUAUUAGUAUGGCAUACAAAGCUACAGAAGUCAAUGUGCAUGGCACAGUAUUUUAUUUUUAAGUAUAAUUUAUUGUAGAUCUCUGUUAUGGCACUUACAUGUUGUUCCAGUAGUCAUUAAGUAAUGUUUUGGUAGGGUGAAUUAUCAAUUUCAGUAUUAAAUUUUGCAUCAUAAUGUAUAAGCAAUCUACAGUGUAUGGUGUCAAAUGUGAUUUUAUCAGUACUCUCAUAAACAUGUUGGAAUAUGUUAAGAGAGAGUUUUUAAUGUUCAUUCAUCUCCUCUGGUUUAGAGAAGAGUUGCAAUGCCAGCAAUGCAGCCAGUUAGUCGUUACUUUUUAGCAUAAGAAAGAUAAAAUCGUAUACCAGGGAACGUGUAUAUAUUUCUGGAUAUGCUACCUUAAACGUGUAAACAGGGAAAUAAUAUGACAUAUUGACAUAUGGUCAAUAACCAUGAUAAUACAAAGUGAACAUAUAUGUAGUCUUACAUAUCUCAUCCUUUAUAACUGUCCAUAUCUUCAGAUUGACACAGAUGUAUCUUUAUUUUGACUACCUAUAUUUUGUAAAAAUAAAUUAUGUAUCUCUAUUUUUAUUAUAUAGGGAUAUAAAAAGAUUUCAUAUAAAUGUGUGAAUUAGAGGGUUAAAAUUUGUAUUCAAGCCAUACUAAUACAUUUAUAUGAACCUACAUAUGUAUCCGUGCCAUGCUAAUGCAUUUAUAAAUUAAUUAUAUGUGCAUCCAUGUCAUACUAAUACAUUUAAAUUAAUUACAUACAUAUCUAUGGUAUACAUAAGUAUUUAAUUGAAUUACAUGUGUAUCCAUGCCAUACAAAUAUAUUUAAGUGAAUUAUAUACAUAUCUAUGUCGUACUAAUACAUUUAAAUGAAUUACAGUGUAUGUAUAUUUAUCUUUGUCGUACUGAUUCAUUUAAAUGACUUACAUAUGUAUCCAUGACAUAACAAGACAUUUAAAUGAACUUACAUCUUCACUUGCCAGUAACUUAACUAUUGUUUUAUAAAGAUUUUUGCCUGUAACAAGUGAAUAUUUCACUACAGAAUUAAAUAUUUUUUCCAUGUGUUCACAUUAAAUAUGCAAAAAAUA